AAUGUGCGCACAUAUAAAUUAUGUCGGGAACUGGCAACAGCGUUGGUUCGUCUCAUUUGGUUUCUCUUUAUCAAACACUCGAGCAGAAAGAGUUUGUCGGACGAGCAAAUGUACUGUACUCUGUUGUAUUAGUUGGAAAAAUUUCACCGCACAUAACUAACAAUGAAGUUGGAAAAUUUUAUGAAAAGCUUACAUCCAGUUUCACCACGCCGGACCAUAUUACAGGUCUCUUGAUGGUUUAUCCCUAUCACGUGAUACACAUUAUUGAGUCAAGUUUUAGAAGUUUGAUGGAAGUUUUUCGAGUAAUUGCUAAGUCUGAAGAAAUCACAGAAUCUUACAUGAAUCGUCACUCUGAACAGAUAAAUAAGAGUCAUUAUGAUGCUCAAGACUAUCGACAUUUCAGUGAGUUUGAUAAAGUCAUCAUUCAAGAAAUGUACACAAAAAACUCUUUGGCUCCUACGAUUCAUAAUCGUGUCUUAUGUGCGAUCGAUAAUAUCGUCCACCGUAUAUACCACACAUAUGAACUAUUGGUUUUUGAUAUGGAACCAACAGUCAUAUCAGACUAUGAUUCAAAUGAAUCUGAUGAGAAAAAGUUACUUGACUUACUAAGUCAAGUGAUUAGACUAAGCGUACAUCUGGCAGAAGAAUCCAUGCGGGAUCAAGACGAAUACGUUCCCGAAACUUUUAAAGUAAGUUUAACAGAGAAAACUAAGAGUCAGAUUGUUGGUCAUUUCAAGGUAUGUACCAAUCGGAAGUUAACUGGAAUAUUGAAUAAUAUUCGUCAAGUACGCCCAGAGCUGAUUCCACAACAAGUUGCAGUUGGAUAUUUUGCGGACAUAUCUUGUUACGAAGGCAUAAUACCAUUAAAAGAAUACAUGAAACUCUAUGACAUUCCAUAUGAAACCUCAUCACAAUCGGAGCUUACAUGGCCGAUCGAAAGAAAUUCUUUUAUUUACAAAUAAGAAUUCUAAAAACGAUACCUUUGUAUCAAUGACAGCUUUAUGCCGAAAAUUCUGGUUACCAUUUGAAAAACUGUACCAAUCAUAAAAGAAGAAGCAAUAUUUAUGCAAGCCCAAUAAGUAGAAAGAUAACAUUCUAUUGAAAAAUCACUCAAUCCGUUCUAAAUAAAGCUGUACUAAUUUAUUUAUAAGUAAUGAAUUGUUUCAGCGUUAA